AUGACCACGGUGCAUCAGAUAAACACGUCUCAGGACAUCGUCCGCGCGCUCAGGGCACCAGUCGACCCGCCGAAGCCUGGCGGCCCAUCCAAGAUCGAAAUCGCGCGAACCGCUUGGAAUGAUGGCUCCUUGAACUUCCCGCAGAAACGAGAGUUCUUACUGGAAUAUGUUCUCUCCCGCUUUCUGAAGGAGAAAAAUGCUGAGGAGCACGAGUGUACGAUGGAUCCUAAAUAUUGGGCCCUGCUAGCAGAUGUAGCUUCCAUGCAAGAGGAUACGUCCAGUUCCAAUCAACAUCAUGUUCCUCCCUCGAAGUUCGCCUUCACGCCAAUUUUGAACAAGAUCCCUCUGGAAGGUGUUUUAGCUCUCUAUGGCACCCUGCCUCGCCUCGAAUGGGGCUCGACGUACUACUGGAUUGCUUCGGCGCGUAUCUGGAUGUGCUUCGCGGUGUGCUUCAAAGAAGAACAGAACUUCCAGCCACUUUUCCUAUUCACGAUCUUACGAGAGUCGGUGGUAUCAUCGCAGGAACAUAUCGAACGUCGUUGUCGAACGCUUCGAGUCUCCAGCACGUUCGUAGACCGUCACUUGCAAACAUGGGUCGCAUGCCUUGUACAGGAACCCAUCGAAAAUCGCGCGGGAAAAUCGGAGGAGCAUAUUUACGAGGCUGGUGUGGAAACCCUCUUCGGCCUCGAGACGCUCCGGGACAAACAGCUUGUAUCUACCCUGCAGGACCACCCCGCUUUCUUUGAUCGCAGUUAUCCGUCUUACCGUAUCCUGCCUCGCCUCUUCAGUGCGUAUGUUCAGGCUAUUCGACGUCAUCGCGGCGCGCUGUUUGGAGGGGGAAGUGCUACGGAUGCGGCGGACAAAGAAUCUCAGUGGAGGACCACGUCUCUGGCAUUUCUCGACGCAUCUAGACAUAUCCUGGCUUCGCUUGGAGGGGAAAUGGAUACCCUCGGAUCCUGGCGCGUUGCCUCAGAGCUACUAGAGAUUGUAGAGCGCGAAAACCUGUUCCGAACAAGCGACGAUUCCGCGCCAAUUUUUACCGCAAUUGCUACGUGGGUGGUGGAAGGGCUCAUUUCUGAGAUAGGGCCGAAUGGACGAUCAGAGCACCAGGAUGCGAUCGUAGUUGCGCUAACGCACUUGGCCGGCAUCGACCAUGAUAUUGUUUCACCUCACCUGGCCACUAUCUUGCCAGUUCUGCUCGCUGUACCCUCACCUCACCUUGCUUCCCGGAGCUCAGACAAAACACCUGACGAGCAUGGCGCGGCAUUAUCGCUGCUAGCCGUACUUAUUGACUUCCACACCCGAUCUCGUACGAUGCCUACCUAUUUCCAAGCUCUACUUGAGUCAACAACCAGGUUGUUGGACACAAGCGACCUCUAUACCACCACUUUGUCCUCCGUUGUCGUCAGCGCCGCACACCUCGAUCUACUCGCCAAAUCCACUACGACUUACUUGAAUCCAGGUCAGGUCACCGACACCACGGAACAGCUCCUUAGAUUCCUCCAACAGCAGUGGAGCGCGUAUCCCUCCACAACAGGCGAUAUGGCCUCGGAGGACCCCAUCGUCGCUGCGACCGCGAUAUCCGUCACCUGUAGACUGGCAGCGACCGUUUUGACCUCCCUCCCGCUCAAGUCUAUCCUCCCCGACUCGCAAGCAGCGAUAAUCCAGAUACUGCAGCAAGCACGGUCAAACUUCUUGGGUCCCGCGCUCAGUAAGGCGCUCAAGCACAUCAACUCUGAGAAGAAGUCGAAGCGCUCAGAAGAAGCAAACGACGUCGGAUGGAACAUUGUGACCGCCGCACUCGUUCGGUUCCACUACACGUUGGCUAUGUCCACCAUUGGGCUUACGUGGGAAGUUGACGUGGGUGAUAAAAUCUGCACAAGGAUGCGACGAGUUGUCGUCGCCCCGAAGGGAAAGCCAGCAUCCUGUGAGGCCGAGGUCGAAUGUGUUCGAUACUUGUUUGCGCUGUGUGCAGCUAACAGGUUGGAAGAUUCGUCGCAGCUGCUCGACGCCGUGCUUGAUCAUCUUGAUCAGCCAUCCAAUGACUCCAACGCACUGGAGUGGAACGGCCUUUCGUGUCAGCUUGCCACGGCUCACGGUCCCUAUCUUGCCCCGAUUGCUCUUUUGCGCCUGAUAUUGGAUAGGUGGCUGCCGCUGGUGGAGCUCCUUGCCACCGAGGAGCAGUUGAAACGUCUCAUACAGUCCUGCAUAACCAUUCACUGCAACAGCGACGCAGAGCAUGGAAUCACGUCGCGAACCGUGCUCUCGGUCAGCCUUCGAACGGCGUCGAUAUGGGAACUGCCCAGAUUGCGAUCUGCGUUGCAGUCCGUAUGCGAGGAGAAGACCGGCUUUUUCAGCGGGCUCAAGGAAGGUCCCUCCCUAGAACAGAGAUUUACGGGUACUUCAACGAUCAACAAAAAACAAGUCAGGACUGCUACGGCCGUGUUUCAUAUACUGCUAUACGCCCCGGCAGAGUACCUGUCGCGACCCGCUCGGAUCGAACUGGUGCAGAGGGCACUCGCUGCAGAUUAUGCUACGGGUUAUCUAUUGCUAUCACGACAUGAUGACAAGGACAUUCAGGACGAGUUCUUAACCCAUUCGCUAAUCUUCCGGUCGUUUGCUUCGUAUGCCAUGACCCAGUCAGAUGAAGUUAUGCAGCUUCCGAGCACCAUAAUCAAAUAUCUCAUCAAACCGUCGUUUACCAAAUUUCAGUCUUUCCAUAUGGCGCGGACUGAAGUCGUGAAUGCGCACGCUUCCGCUACGCUGCAGAUCGUGGAAAGCCAGAUGACAGCUCUGCUGCGACGAUGCCAAGACGGAGACAGCGCGGAUAUGGAGCAAAUAGUUCGGUAUCUGAUCCAGCAUCAACCCGGCCAGGUGACCGAUCAACUAGCACCCCCUACGAUCUUCGAGGAGAGUUUGGUUCGCUUCAUGGCCCUGACCAGUACGAAGUACGCUAUCAGCAGAAUGCCGGCGACGGUUGUCAAUCUGUUCAAGGACUUGUACGAUGCGAGACGGGCAUUGUUGGAACCAAGAGUGCGAGACAUCUCCACGAUUGGUGCUCGCGUGCAAUAUUUGUCAGGGAGAAGCAAGCUGAUACGUGCAUGGGCGAUCCUCAGCGCGUUUGAGCGGUGGCUUGGAAAGGAUGCGGAUGUACCUCGAUCCGGAGCAGAUUCCAGUUUGGCUGCGCUCCUCGCCCACGUCGUAAUUUCGAAGACGGCGUUUCGUGAAGAUGCUGCAUUACAUGCCGCCCUCGCGGAAUACUGCUCAGCAGUCCUGGAGGUUGCAGUGGAGGAGAUGCAUAGCGCUCCGAAAUCACACAGAAAAAGGUAUAUGGAGAUUUUGCUUGCCAUUUAUGUCGCUCUGUACGAGUACAGCGAUGCGUCAAAUGGGUUGUUUGCUCCGAUUUCCAAAGCCAUCAAUUCACUGUCCGUCGAGGAGUUCAAUGCGGCUGCUCAGCUCAUUGCCGAGGCUCUCGAAUCACGAGCGCAUCGGGAAGGUUUCGUUCAUUUAUCGCAGAUCCUAGUUCGGGAAGCUCCUGAAGGCACUAUGCGACUGGUUCAAAACCAUGUUUCGUCGUGUCUCGUGACGUUUAUCAGUGACCCGGAUUUCUGGCAAGGGCCAAUUUCGCUUUCAGUCCAGGCGCUGAGAUUGUUGUCGGCACAAUGUUCGAACAAGCCGGCGUUCAUCCGACAACAGGAUAUGGAUGGCAUCUGGGCAUUCCUAGCCAAGUUCUUGCAGCCAUCUGCUGAGCAUCUCCCUACAACAUGCGUGGACGUCUUCGAGGAGAUUGUUUCGAUCAUCAACUCACUCAUCCGUCUCCGGCGUGACUUAAUAAACACUACUCUCCCCCACCUCGGUUUCGCUCUGCGGUUCCUCGUCUCGUCCCUCCGGAAUGUCCGUCCGGAGCUGGGCCCUCGUCAAACGCGGAUGGUGACAAACACCCUCCCCCGCUGGCUCAGCGUACCCGCGCGCCCUCUCGGUGUACCCGAAGCGGCUACGCUGGCUCGGCUCCUGACCGGGUUGACCGCGAAGACGAUCCCGCGCAAUCACCUCGGCUCGGGCGAAGACACGCAGCAAGCAAAGUCGAUGGCUCACGCGUUCUCAAAACACGCGGUAUACGUGAUUCAGUCGUACAUCGAAGUUCUCGACGACCCCUUGUGCGUGCUUAGGGCGGACAUGCGCAAGGCAUUGCAACCGGGCUUGUUCGCUCUGUGCGACAUGACCAGCGAGCAUAUGCGGGACUCUCUCAUGGUCUCGGCCCUGGACGCAAGCGGAAAGACGAUCAUGAAGGCACUUUGGAAAGAGUACGAAAAGCAACGCUACGUGGGCAAGGGAUAG